AUGUCUAUUGGAACACCAAUGCCAACACCUGCAUCAACAUUUACACCUAAACCUACAACUACAUCUAUUAUGAAUUGCGGAGACGUUCUUACGAAAAAAAAACUCGACCCUCAUCGAAAUCAAUGUCGCGGGGCAACAUAUACUUGUCUGGACUGCAUGGUACAUUUUCAAGGCUUGGAAUACCGUUCGCAUACAAGCUGUAUGAGCGAGGCACAAAAAUAUCAAGGUGCACUUUACAGAGGAGAGGGUAAAGGAAAGAAAGGAAAGCAACAAAACAAUCAGCAGCAGAAGAAUGGUUCGCAGAACAAUUCUCAAUCGGCACCCGCCCACAAAGCUUAUGUCGAAGAUGCGCAAGAUGAAUACGAUAAUUCACAACUCGUUACAGCACCUUCGAUACCGAAAGCUCCUUCGCCGUCAGCAGCCGUCAAUGUAUUCGAUUUCCUGGUUGAUGCGACGCCCAAUGCAUCGAAAUUGGAACUCCCCGCAUCUGAUGAGGUCAUGAACGAUUCUGAGCCGGAGCGUUACCAGGUUCGUGAUGAACCUAUGAGCGACAAUGCAGAUGUAUCCGAAGCAGAGAAACCUUCCACAGAUCUGGUACGAGUAACUUCCGAAGAGAACAAUCAAACCAUUACCAAUCUCGUUGAAUGGGGUUCUGGACCUGUACCUACCACCGGACCUUUCGAAACACCAGUACCGAAAGCGAUUGAAUGGAAACCCACAAAGGAACACGAUGGGAAAUCAUCGAAGAAGGAUAAGAAAGAUGAGAAGAAGAAGGACAAGAAGCGCAAACGUCUACAUGUCGAUACCCACGAUUUGUCACCUCGUGAAGGCGAUGUCCUAAUGGAUGAUGCGCCGCCCGUGCUACAUUCAGGAUUGACCGGUGGACUUGGCAAACUUCUCUCCCGACCAGCAGUCUUCCCUCCAUCGCCAGAUUACUCCGGUGCCGAUGCUGAGAAAGAAACUCCUAGUGCAAAACCAAAGAAGACCAAAGAAUCGAAACGCGCCAGCCGCCCACGCACUCGUACCGAUACGUUUGGCAGCAACUUGAUGUCCCUGAUUACCACCCGCCAGCAUUCUCGCGAGCACUCGGAAGACCGACCCAAGAAACGCAAGCACAAGCAUCGCACCAAGUCAUCGGAAAGACCUAAGAUGCUCGAAUAUAAGCCCAUUAAUGGUGCCGAUGAUUCUUCUCCCGGAGAAAACCAAAUGAUAGUUUAUAAACCUCGCGCCGAACUUCUCAUGAGUAUGGUGAACAAGGGUCCCAGUAGCGAGAAAGGCGUUUCAAUGAAUAAAGCAUUGAAGAGAUAUCACCGGGAGAGAACAGCCGCUGGAUUAGCGUUAGGAAAGGGAGAUGAAGAAAAGGAGUUGUGGAGGAGUUUAAGAAUGAAGAAGAAUGAUAGAGGAGAGAUCGUUUUGUUUAUGUGA